AUGUGGGAAGACCAUGUGGCCUGUCAAAAUGGUCGAAGUGGAAUUAGAUCUCGAGCGACAUGUGAGCGUGGACGCUUGCAAGGGGGAAAAGUUCACGCCAAGGACUUGAAUGAGAAGACAGACGUCUUCAAUGCCAACAGUCAUGCAAUAUCCUCACCUCAGUACAUUUCUGUCGUGGCCUCAACUCGCCAAUUACGGCACAAGCGGUCUUACUCAACAUCUCAAGAUGAACUGACCAUGACCUACCCAGGACUUCUCGCUUUCAACAACGACAAUAAAACAACGGAUGACAGCAACGCCACGACCGAGAAGACGAUUAGAUCCAAUUCUCCGCGAAGCCGCUGA